CGGCGGGUGGCCGGGGCGGGGCGGGGCGGUCGGCGCGUCGGGGGCAGGGUCCCCGAGGACCGGCCUCAGUCCCGCCCUCGGAGGCGGCGGCAGAGGAGCCGCAGCGGCGGCCGGCCGAGCCCGUCCUGCGCCGCUGCUCCUGAGCCCUCCCGGUCCUGCGCCCCCGCUCCCGGUCCUGCGCCCCCGCUCCUGGCGGCCGGCCUCGUCCCCCGCCAUGCGGCCCGCGGGGCUGUGUGGGGCCGCGCCGCUCGCUGUCGUCGCCCUCCUGGUGCUGGGGGUCCCCCCAGCGCUGGCCGGCGAGGACUGCCUGUGGUACGUGGACCGCAACGGCUCCUGGCACCCGGGCUUCAACUGCGAGUUCUUCACCUUCUGCUGCGGGACCUGCCACCAGCGGUACUGCUGCCGGGACCUGAGCCUGCUCAUCACCGAGCGACAGCAGAAGCACUGCCUGGCCUUCAGUCCCAAGACCAUAGCAGGCAUCGCCUCGGCUGUCAUCCUCUUCGUGGCUGUGGUCGCCACCACCAUCUGCUGCUUCCUCUGCUCCUGCUGCUACCUGUACCGCCGGCGCCAGCAGCUGCAAAGCCCGUUUGAAGGCCAGGAGAUUCCCAUGACAGGCAUCCCAGUGCAGCCAGUGUACCCGUACCCCCAGGACCCCAAAGCUGGCCCUGCACCCCCAGAGCCUGGCUUCAUGUACCCACCUAGUGGUCCUGUUCCCCAGUACCCAGCCUACCCGGCUGGGCCCCCGAUCUACAACCCAGCAGCUCCUCCCCCCUAUAUGCCACCACAGCCCUCCUACCCUGGAGCCUGAGGACCCGGCCGUGUCUCUGCUGCCCCUCAGUCAAACCCUCCUGCAUCUGCGGCUGGCCCUGGGGGUGGGCAGGGGUCCUCCAUGCUCCAGGCCCCAGACCAAGCCCAGCCCUGAACAUGAGAGGGGACAGAGCCCCGGGAAGCAGAACGGGAGCUGAGCUGGACCUUGGCCGUGAAUGGAGGGUGGGGGGCGCUUGGGAUUGGUGGACUAUUUUUACUGGGGCAAGGGAAGGACAUGAAAGGCCGGGUCACAGCCCCUGCUCUCUGAUAGUCCCUCCACUCCCAGGAGCCCCACAGGAAGGCCGGGGCCCCCCGACUGGCCUGCUGUGGGCUGGGGUGGGGUGGAGGGGGCUCCAUCAGCAGUGGGCAGAAGCCCCACCUUGCUGCCCCACUGGCCAGGGCUUCGGCCUGCAGGAUUAAAGCUGUAAAGAGGUCA